UGGAUACGAGUCGGGUAGUUGGCUUCUGUAAAGACGUCUUGACUCCUAUUGAAUAUGAAAAAGCAGAAGAUUUUGAAUACAACAAAUGGUCUUAUUAACUACUUAGUUAGCUACUCUUUAUUAUAGUUCAUUAAAAACAACAAACAUCAACAACGUCUUCCUCCAACCAAAUCAACCAUCAAUUCGACAUCAGGACAGGAUGUCAACAUUUAGCUUCAGGAGAAGUGGAAAGAAAGCCUUCAGGCACAUAGCUCACGGCUUGAUCCCUGCAGCCACCAUCGCCCCCCGGCCUGCUGUACCCCGUACCCCUCCCCCUCGCAGCCCGUACCCCUCUCCAGAAAGACCCAGGUCUGCCUUGGCAGCCGCCAUCUUGUCGUCGUCGUUGACCGGCAGGACCAUCGCCCUCCCUCCUGCACGCCCCAGAUCCUUCUCCGAGAGUGACUGCUCACGCUCAGAGACACACACCACGUUCGAGCCUUACGCCAGCACAGCGCUCUACACUAGAGACGGAGAGCCAGAAUCUUUGGCUGGCCGGCCUCGCUUGCCCUCUCCUGGGCUCUCUGAAGACCAUGAUGAUGAAGAGGAGGAGGAGGACUUAGAGAGAUCGUUUCUGUCAGAUGAAGAUGGUCAUGUCUACCAGUCUCUGGAUCGCCGGGGGAGAAGUCCCACCAGAGACAGAUAUGACAUCUACGCCCGGCCUGUAAAACAGGUAGGAAGGGUUUGGGUCAGGACAUCUACACCCGGCCUGUAAAACGGGGAGGAAGAGUUUGGGUCAGGACAUCUACACCCGGCCUGUAAAACAGGGAGGAAGGGUUUGGGUCAGGACCUCUACACCCGGCCUGUAAAACAGGGAGGAAGGGUUUGGGUCAGGACCUCUACACCCGGCCUGUA